CGUCCCCCCUCGUCUCCCCCGUCUCCCUACGUCCCCCCUCGUCCCCCCUCGUCUCCCCCGUCUCCCCCGAGCCCCGCACUUUCCCCGGCUCCCCGGUCGCUCGCAUGAGCCAGGCCCAGGCUGCGCGUUCACAACAGCGGAGAUCUUGAGCCGAAGCCGGGAAGUUUCGCCCGCGUCGAGACUUUGGUCCGUUCAAGUUCACCAAGCGAGCCCCAUAACGAGGAGGAGGAGAGUUUAGACGCGCGGCCGUUCGCUCUGUGGAGAAGGCCGGCGGGUGAGAGUGGAAUGGAGGGCUCGGGGGGAGAGGCGCUGGUGGCUGCGGUGGCGUCGACUGCUGCGCCCAAGAGCCCUUGGGGCAAGGUGGGCGUGGGGGCGGCGGCGCCCUGCUCCCUGGCGGACGUGAUGAGCGAGGAGCUGGCGCAGGAGCUCAGCCGCGCCGACACGGGGACCCAGGAUGAAGCGCUCAGCCUGGAGUUUCUCGCAGUGGAGGGGGCGGUGCCGGGCCCCGUUGGCGACACUGAGAGUGACGUGCUGCUGGCGAAGCUGCUGCAGAUGGAGUUUGACCGUGAACACGACGCCCUGCUGCGCCGUGAGCAGGACAAGCUCAACCGCGAUAGCAAAGUGUCCAUUUCGUUUGAGAACUACCGCAUGAGCCACCCGUAUGAGGACAGCGACAGCUCAGAGGAGGAGGUGGACUGGCAGGACACGCAGCACGACCCCUACCGAGCAGCCAAGCCACAGCCGUUCCCACGAUGCGGGUUCACCGGCCGUGGAAAAUCGAUGACCACCAAGCACGACGAGGCACUGUGCGGACGCAAGAACACGGCUCGCAUGGAGCACUUUCCUCCAGAGUUCUGUUCGGGGGAUGGCAUCCAGAUGGACCUGAAGCUGUCAAACCAAGUGUUCAACGUGCUCAAGCAGCACUCACAGGCCGAGCAGCGGCGCAGCGCCCGCCUGCACGAGAAGAAGGAGCACUCCACCUCGGACCAAGCAAUGGACGCUCGCACACGGCUGCUGCUGUACAAGAUGGUGAACGCCGGCGUGCUGGAAAGCAUCAGCGGCUGCAUCAGCACCGGCAAGGAGUCGGUGGUGUUCCACGCUGCGGGCGGCCGGAUGGAGAACAAGGAGGUUCCGUCGGAGUGCGCCGUCAAGGUGUUCAAGACGACGCUGAACGAGUUCAAGAACCGCGACAAGUACAUAAAGGACGACUACCGCUUCAAGGACCGCUUCAGCAAGCUCAACCCCCGCAAGGUCAUCCGCAUGUGGGCCGAGAAGGAGAUGCACAAUCUGGCCAGGAUGAGGGCAGUGGGAAUCCGCUGCCCCGAGGUGGUGCUGCUGAAAAAGCACGUCCUAGUGAUGUCGUUCCUGGGCGAGGGUCAGGUGCCGGCCCCCAAGCUGAAGGAGGCGAGGCUGUCAUCAGCCCAGCUAUCCCUUGCCUACGAGCAGGUGGUGCAGAUGAUGCUGACCCUGUUCCACGGGUGUAACCUUGUGCACGCCGACCUGAGCGAGUACAACCUCCUGUGGCACCGCGGAGAGGUCUGGCUGAUUGAUGUGAGCCAGUCAGUGGAGCCCACGCACCCGCAUGGCCUCGAGUUCCUCUAUAGAGACUGCCGCAACGUGUCCCAGUUUUUCCGCAAGGCAGGCGUCCCGGAGGCUCUUGACGAGCAAGACCUCUUCAACCUCGUGUCGGGUUUGUCGAUCGCCGCCAAGGGUGAGGCAGAGUUCCUGGCCGAGGUGGAGCAGCAGGAGAAGAUGCACGAAGGCCAUGCGCAUGGCUUGCGGAGGAAAGGUGUGGCUGUAAACCCCGCGGCGGUGGCGUCCCUUGCGCAGUGAGCGGUGACGCUCGCACACGGAGGAGUCCGCACCACGAGGAUCUCGCUCGCACGCACACUCGCGCCUAACAAUCGCCACUGUUGACAAAAAAAAGUGUUGUUUUAACGUGCCUGCGAUUGGUGGAAUCGGAUGCUGGAGUGUCGUGCUUUGUGGGGAUGUGUAAUGAGCAAGAUGAUGAUUGGUAAACAAAGUCAACCCCCA